CCAAAGGCAGCACGAGAUUGGAGUAGACCAAACGGAGUGUGUUGGAUCUUUUCAGGAAACUAGCUAUCAAAUAUCAUUCAGAACUUACUCCAAAGUGUAUCAGUGUAGUUAACUGCUGCAGGAACUCGGUUCAUAACAGUUGGUGUCAUUUUGGAUACCUCUGACUAAGUAAAAGCACAUGCAGUGGGCUAAUGGGGAAGCUGCACCCUCUGCUGCUGCCAUCACCCCCAGUGAGAUGACCCCGGGAUAGGUGGAACAGUGAGACCCAGGGGUUUGUUUAUUUAAUUACGUCAAAUAUCCUCAGACUGAGGCAAAACGGAACGUAUUCACACGAAAAGUUAUUCACAACAGAGAUUAACCUAUCUCAAAAUUUCCAGUGGUCCAUCACCAUAAUGGUGUUGCUUUUGUUGGGUCUGCUUUGGCUACAACGCUGCUGUGGUCACAGCCUCUUUACCUGCGAACCAAUUAAGGUUCAUCGUUGUAUGGGGAUGUCCUACAAUAUGACUUUCUUUCCUAACAUGAUGGAACACUAUGAUCAGGGUGAUGCGGCCAAUAAAAUGGAGCCAUUCAUGCCCCUAGCAACUCUUCGUUGUUCUCCAAAUGUCCAUCACUUCCUGUGCCAGGCCUUUUUCCCAAAAUGCACUGAAGAGAACAGAGUGCUACAUCCUUGCAAAGAGGAUUGUGAGGCUGUUAUGUUCGAUUGUCAGGAGAACAUUCGGAUUUUUGGCAUCAUCUGGCCUCCUGAGCUACAGUGUGACAAACUUGACUCAUGCGCUCUUCAAGAUAAUUCCAAGCUUCCUGCAACCACUCCAAUGAUCUCCACAUCUGCGAAGAGAGACUUAGGCUUUUGGUGCCCACUACAGUUGAAAGCCAAAUCUGGGCACGGUGCAUCAUUCCUGGGCGCUCCAGACUGUGCUCCACCUUGUUCCAAUAUGUAUUUUAAACCCCACGAUAUUGAAUUCGCCAAGAGCUUUAUUGGCGUUUGCUCCAUUAUCUGCUUGGGUGCCACUCUCUUUACCUUCCUUACUUUCCUCAUUGAUGUCAAACGCUUUCGUUACCCCGAGCGUCCCAUAAUAUUUUAUGCUGUUUGCUACAGCUUUGUGUCACUCAUAUACUUCAUUGGUUUCCUGCUGGGUAACAGUGCAACCUGUAGCAAGGCAGUCCAUCCUACUAGUGUGGACACAGUUGUUAUAGGCUCUCAGAGCAAAGGCUGCACAGUACUUUUUAUGCUUCUCUACUUCUUCUCAAUUGCUGGAAUUGUCUGGUGGGUCAUACUCACCAUCACCUGGUUCCUGGCAGCUGGACCCAAAUGGAGCUGUGAAGCCAUAGAGAAGAAAGCGGUGUGGUUCCACUCUGUUGCCUGGGGAAUCCCUGGGGCAUUAACCGUCAUGCUGUUAGCGCUGAACAAGGUCGAAGGGGACAACAUCAGCGGGGUUUGCUUCGUGGGACUGUACGAUCUGGAGGCCCUGCGCUACUUUGUUAUCGCUCCCCUGUGUGUGGGUGUCAUAAUUGGGCUCUUCCUCAUCCUUGCGGGCAUUAUUUCUCUUAAUCACGUGAGGCAAUUUAUCCAACACGAUGAGCGCAACCAGGAGAAACUCAAAAAGUUCAUGAUACGCAUUGGCGUGUUCAGUUGCCUCUACCUGGUCCCACUGGUCACCUUGUUAGCUUGCUACACAUAUGAACAGAGUCAACGCAGCACCUGGGAGAACACGUGGAUUAAUGACCACUGCCAAGAAUACAGCAUCCCAUGCUCAUAUAAGAAAACCGAGCUUGAGCGUCCUGAUCUCUCUCUGUUCCUGGUUAAGUACUUGAUGACCCUAGUUGUGGGAAUAUCUGCAGUGUUCUGGGUCAGCAGCAAAAAGACCUGUUCUGAGUGGGCCUACUUCUUCAACAGGACUCGCAAAAGAGAUCCCAUAAGUGAGAGCCGACGAGUACUCCAGGAGUCCUGUGAGUUCUUCCUCAAGCAUAACAGCCGUGUCCAGCAGAAGAAGAAGCACUACAAGUCAACCUCACAUAAACUCAAGGUCAUCUCAAAGUCUAUGGGCACAAGCACUGGCGCCACACCAACUAGUGCCUCAAUUGGUGCAGGAACCUCACCUCUGGAAAAUCAUGAGCCCAACACCCAGGGCUAUGUAAGGGAGCACCUGGACAAGGGUACUUCUAGCCGAAGCUCCAGGCGUGAAGAUGGAGAUCGAGAGCGAGAAGGAGGAGAGAGACGUAGCAAAGGGGGGAGUUCCAGUAAAGUUAGUUGCCAUUCAGGGAAUUUACAUAGCAAAGUACCAGAUGCAAGGAUGACACCAAAGAGUGAGCAGUCAGAUGUCAAACCAGUUCCAAUUGCGCACCAGCAUUCAGCUUUAAGUCCAUCACCAAGUAUUGAUGACGCCACCCACCAGCAGGUGCCCAAAGUGUGUGAGGAGAGAAAAGACACAAAGGACAGCAACUGCUGAGACGUUGGCUAUAAAUGAGAUGUCCCAUGAGACUGACGACUAUUCACUUCACUCGACCCCAAAUGUAUCAUUUAGUUGAGGAAAAGUUACUUUAAGUGCACAGCCACAAUGUAAUAUUUACCUCCACGUCUUCUAAAAUAUUUUUGUGUUUUAUCUACAUCCUGAAAAAAAAAGUCAGAUAUUUAGUCAUUUAGUAAUGUUUUUACCUAUACAGUUUUAUGCUAACUAGUACUAUAUUAUCUGUGGCUUAAUUUGAAACCCAUGUUUUUCUUACGCAGUCAGUGGACCUUUACCAUUUACUGAAUUAGUCACUACACUGGGUAUUUUAAUGUUAGUUCCUGUGUUUUUCUUGGUGUUUUAUUUUUAUGUCUAAAAAAUGGGUUUGAUUUGAUUGAUCAAGAACGUUUUAUGCCCUCUACUAAGAAAAUAGGACGUUAAAAGAAGUCUGGAUCAUUUGUGUUUGUUGUUUUACAAUGCUUUCUUAAUAUACUUUUGUUUUCCUGUGUAUUUCUGUCAUACAUCUCUAAACUUUGUUGGUUGGCCCUGUCAAUGUUAUUUUCAGUGUUUCAUUAAUUUGAGGAACUCGUCUUCUUUGAAGGUUAACCCAGACGUUAAACAUGAGUAAUUCAAUGAUCUCACCACUGUCAUCACUGUUGCAAAAGCAGUCAUUGGAAACAAAACUUAUUUCGGGACCAGAGGCUACUUAUUUUUAUUGAGAAAGGAUACGUUUGCAAAUUUGUUAUGGGGUUAUUUAUAAAACAAAUUACACUAAAGUACUUUAAUUAGUUUUGUCUUUUGCCUUGUCAUGUUUGCUGUGUAAGUAAUUGUUUUUUUUUUUGUUGCUUUUGUUUAAUUUUCUUAAAAUAUUACCUUGCCAUUUUAGUGUCAUUAAUGAGGCUCAUGGUUUAAAGGGAAUUCUUGUCUGUCAAUCAUCUAUUUCGGAUGCUGACAUUGGCCUAUAGCUUUUUUAUUGAACUUACUCUUGACAUUGUCUUGCUGCUGCCUUUAAAUGUACCUUUAUAUAUUUUUAAUUACAGUAUUUUUAUAGUGUAAAAAUAUAUAUAAUUGGAGCAAAUAAAGUUUGACGUAUUGCA